AUGGCGAGGAUGGAGGACGAAGAAGUACAGGUGAUUACAUGCAAACGAGUUUAUCCAUUAAACCUGCUGAUGCAGCACUGGCUUCGGCGGUUCGCGCAGGAAGCGGGACGCAAGGAGGCGAAAAGCGCAUUCGCCUUUCAGAGGGCCCUAAAAUCGCUCAUGCUGUACCCGGGGCAGCUGGAGUCAAUCGACGAGGCUAAGCAUUUGCUACAGAACUUUGGAUACAAAAUAUGCAAGAUGCUUGAGAAGGAACUGGAGAAGUUCCGGGAAAACUUCGGCGAACCAUCUCUUUCAAACUUGCCUGCCGAAAUUUCUUGUUCCUUACAAAAGAACCAAUCGAAACGAAGGUCAUUCUCCAAUGCUAUCACCGCAACAACGAAGAAGCCGAGAACUACAACUGAAACAUCGUCCCGUACUACCAAGAAUAGCGCACGCGUUUCUUCGUCAGAUGUUCAUUUGCCUCAGGAAAUGCUGAAUUUCGACGACGUGAAACUUGGCGGCUACGUUCCGAAGCAUCGAUCAGGAGCGUACGCGAUUUUGCGAAUCCUCUACGAUCGAAAAUGCCGGUCGGAAGACGAUUCGAUGACAACGAGGGAAAUUCAAACCAGUGGUCAAGUGUAUUGCGACGAAAAUUUGGGUGCCUCUAGUCGUAACAAUCCUCGCACCGCCUGGAUGGCUCAUCGAACAUUGAUCAAGCACGGUCUGAUAGAGAAACAACGCCACAAGGAGAAUCACUACUCGCUCACCAGUAAAGUCAAAUGUUCUGAAACGUUCACAAAAAUGAAAACCUGCAAUUCGAAGGAGAGAAACGACGUUCUACCCUUCACUGUGAACUCCUCCCUCACCACAGCCAGUUGCGUGGGCGACGGCGUUAUGCCGGCAGGGUCUUUCGAAGUUGUGCUUCUGGUGGACAUGUCGGAGACGAAGGCGGGAAGCGGUAAUGGCGCUUUGAGCAAGAACUCGCGUUCGAGGCUGCGGCGGGAGAUUGAGGGCGCCGGGGUGUUGUUCGAGGAGCGCGACCUGCACCUCGGCGACUAUUUGUGGGUGGCCCGAAGUCGAAACGAUGUUGGGUUCGAACUCGUGUUGGACGUAAUCGUGGAACGAAAACGUUGCGACGAUUUGGUCAAAAGCAUAAUGGAAAAAGAAGCCAGAUAUCAUGAGCAAAAAUUUCGCUUGAAGAGAUGUGGCAUAUCGAGAAUCAUUUAUUUGGUAGAGGAUUUUGAUGGCUAUGCUUCGAUGGCGGAUUACAAAAAGGCCAUGGUGCUUGGUGCUUCAGUUAAAACUCAGGUAAUUGAAGGAUUCGAAGUGGUGAGGACAACCAACGUCAAUGAGACGGUUUUGUAUUUGAAAACAUUGACGAACAUAUUGAGUGAAACUUACGCGAACAAAUCGCUUAUGAAACGGAAUAAUGAAGAGGAUAGUUCUGCGGUGAAGGAAAACAUGAACAGUCCUUAUCGUCCCCCGACGACAUUGUAUUCGUUCCAGUCGUUCGUAGCGCUGUCGAAAAAGCUCCACCCGCUGACGGUCAAGGAAACGUUCGCCCGAAUGUUGCUGCAGAUCAGAGGCCUCUCCGUCGAUAAAGCCUCAGCUGUCAUCGACUCGUAUCCGACGGUCGCCAGUCUUGUCGAAGCGUUCGAGUCUUGUUCAAACAGCGCUAACAAGUCAAAGUUGUUAAUGUACCUGAAAUCUGGCACCCAUAAUCGUAACCUGGGUCCAAAACUUGCACAAAAAGUUGCUAUGUUGUUUACCUGUUCUCAGCCGUUCAUUAAAUAG